AUGGGUUUCAAGUCCGGUGACUCGUCCAAGGGCGCCAGCCUCUUCAAGACGCGCUGCGCGCAGUGCCACACCGUCGAGCAGGGCGGCCCGAACAAGGUCGGCCCCAACCUCCACGGUCUCUUCGGCCGCAAGACCGGCCAGGUCGAGGGCUUCUCGUACACUGCCGCCAACGUGAACAAGGGUGUCACCUGGGAGGAGGAGACGCUCUUCGAGUACCUGGAGAACCCGAAGAAGUACAUCCCGGGCACCAAGAUGGCGUUUGCCGGCCUCAAGAAGGAGAAGGACCGCAACGACCUCAUCACCUACCUCAAGGAGUCGACGGCCUAA